UAUGUGGUUUAUCGGCUGCAGGUUUCGUCUUCGAUUGGCGGUCGAUUCGUACUCCGUGGCUUGCGAGGCAUUUUCUGAACACCGUCUUCUUCUGAUUCCGGUUGGGGGUACAAGCAAGCAGCUUUGAUAGGAUUUGCGAGGAUCGUUUUCUGUGUUUUCGCUCUGAAGAACAAACAAAGUUGUUUCUUUGGGGAGAUUGUUUUCGUUAUGGAUUCCUGUAGUGGUUUGGUUGGUGGAAAAUCUGAUUGUGACGAUGGCGGCGUUGUGGAGAAAGAUCCGACUGGGAAAUACUUGCGGUAUGACGAAGUGUUGGGGAGGGGAGCAUUCAAGACUGUAUAUAAGGCAUUUGAUGAGGUCGAAGGAAUAGAAGUAGCCUGGUGCCAAGUGAAUGUUGAGGAUGUUCUGCAGUCCCCAGAACAGCUUGAAAGAUUGUAUUCGGAGGUUCAUCUUCUGAAGUCAUUAAAACAUCAAAACAUCGUUAAGUUCUUUAACUCUUGGGUUGAUGAUAAGAACAAGACCAUCAACAUGAUAACAGAGUUAUUCACUUCCGGGAGUUUAAGGCACAUGGCUCCAGAGCUUUAUGAUGAGGAAUACAAUGAACUUGUCGACAUCUAUUCUUUUGGCAUGUGCAUGUUAGAAAUGGUGACCUGUGAAUACCCUUAUAGUGAAUGUAAAAAUCCAGCACAAAUUUACAAGAAGGUUACCUCUGGUAUAAAGCCUGCUUCACUCGGUAAAGUGGAAAAUCCUCAAGUCAAGCAGUUCAUAGAGAAGUGUCUAGUUCCAGCAUCUAUGAGAUUGACUGCGACAGAGCUCUUGAAAGAUCCAUUCCUUGCAGCUGACAAUUUGAAGGAGCGUAGUUGUGAUCUUUCGCAACUACCCAAUCUUGUGCCCAAGUUGGUGAACUUGCCACAGCCCGAAGCUCGCCCUAUGGACGUAGAUACUAACGACCAGAAGUUUUCUAUUGGAUCUUGUAGGAAAAGUGUCAAUGAAACUUCUAACUCUUCAGCUCUGGAGUUUAGGAGGUUCACGGAGAAUAAUGAGUUCAGGUUAAGAGCUGAACAAAAUACGGAUAAUACCGUCUCUUUAACUCUGCGCAUUGCUGAUACCUGUGGUCGUGUGAGGAAUAUCCAUUUUGAGUUCUAUCUUGAUUCUGAUACUGCAAUGUCAAUUGCUGGGGAAAUGGUUGAGCAACUUGAGCUUUCACAUGAAGAUGUCUCUGUCAUAGCUGAGUUAAUUGACAAAUUGAUUAUGAAGCUUGUACCAGGCUGGAAACCUUCAUCCGAAAGUUCAUCAUGUGGAGCUAACAGUUCAUGUGGGGAUCAUCCUGCACAUCAAAAUAUUCUGUCACCAUUGGCAUAUGCAGAAGACCAAGAUAACCAAGCAUCAAUGAUUUCAGAUACCUCAGCCUGCUCAGCUGAGUAUGACGUCCCUACUGCCUCAUGUGCCGGUAAUGUCAAAGUUUCAGAAUUGGCCAAGUACAGUUCUGAUGAAUGCUGCACAGGUUCAGAUGGGUACGGUUCCAGUCCGGAUUGUAUGGUUAAGGGCGGGCUCAAGGAGAAGAGCUAUGAAGCUGGUUCUGGUGAUUCUCUUGUUAUGAAUGACGCAUGCCCUGACAUGUCAAGCAUUUGCUCCUUAUCUGAGUUGUCUCUAGUGGACAAAGAUUGGUAUGAUGAGCUGAAGGGGGAGAUUGUUGCUAUUGAUGUGCAGUAUCAUCAAUGUCUUCUGGAACUCUUGAGGAUGAGGGAAGAAGAAAUUCAGAAUGCCAAGAAGAGGUGGAUAGAAAAAAAGAAAAUAGCUGCUAAUUAACGUACUAUUUUGUCUUCCUGGGGUGGCUUUUUUUCUUUUCCUUGUCAACAUUCAUUUGAUUCUUGUAUUUUUUUUUCCUUAAGAAAACGCAGGGAUCUGUUUUGGUACAUAAUUUGUUUUACGGUUAUUAAUGAAUAUUUUUU